AUGGCCAACCCAAUACUAACCAAGUACGCUAAGAAGUUCAAGAGACACCACUCUGACAGAUACGACAGAGUGGCUGAGAACUGGAGAAAGCAGAAGGGUAUUGACUCUUGUGUCAGAAGAAGAUUCAGAGGUACCAUCCCACAGCCAAACAUUGGUUACGGUUCCAACAAGAAGACCAAGCACAUGAACCCAUCUGGCUUGAGAGUUCACGUUGUCAGAAACGUCAAGGACUUGGACGUUUUGUUGUUGCACUCCAAGACCUACGCUGCUGAGAUUGCUCACAGCGUUUCUUCCAAGAACAGAGUCGAGAUUGUUACCAAGGCUAAGUCUCUUGGUGUCAAGGUGACCAACCCUAAGGGAAGAGUUUCCUUGGAGGCUUAA